AUUCUGAUGUUUCUUAUGGGAUGACAUGUUAACAUUAGUGCUUUAUAUUUGAAGAGUUGACUUCAAGUCCUUCGAUGGAGUUCGCUUCUUCAUCAUCAUCAUCUUCAUCCUUAUUAAAAUCAGAACCCCAUUUCAUAUACGAUGUGUUCAUUAACUUUGGGGGAGAAGAAAUCGGUAAAAAGUUCGUUUCUCAUCUUCAUUCUGUCCUUUUACAAGCUGAAUUCGAAACUUUGAUUAACGAGGAGAAUGUUCAGGAGGGAAUGAAGGUGGAAGAACAUAUGCGAUCAAUAGCAGGCUCUAAGAUAUCAAUAAUCAUUUUCUCCAAAACAUACACUGAAUCUACUUGUUGUCUUCUUGAGCUCGAAAAAAUCGUUGAAUGCUACCAAACUUUUGGCCAAAUAGUUCUGCCCGUAUUUUACGAGAUUGACCCAUUGGAUGUACAUCAUCAGAAGGGUGAUUUUGGAAAAGCGUUGGAAGAAGCUGCACACAAAAGCUAUUCAGGAGAACAAGUGGAACAUGCGUUGUUCAGGUGGAGCCGUGCACUCGCCACAGCUGCAGGUAUCACUUGUUGGGAUGCCAGAUAUUUCAGGCAUGAUGCUGAACUCGUGGAAGUAAUUGUUAGCCGCGUUCAGACAUUGUUGGACUAUUCAGAAUUGUCUAUUACUCGAUUUCCUGUAGGAUUAGAGUCGCACAUGGAAAAGCUGAUUGGAUGUAUUGAAAACCAUUCCGCUGAAGUCUGUAUGAUAGGGAUAUGGGGAACGGGAGGAUCAGGUAAAACAACCAUAGCCAAAGCCAUCUACAAUCGAAUUUAUCGUCAAUUCAUUGGUAAGAGUUUUAUAGAAAAUAUUGCAGAAGUUCGGAAUCGAGUAUAUAGAACGGACGUUGAUUUGCAAAAAAAUCUUAUUUAUGAUGUCCUAAAAUCCACGUUAAAGGUGGAAAGCCAUGGGAUGGGAAGAACUAUGAUCGAGACUGAACUUUCACUAAAAAAGUUGCUCAUUGUGGUUGAUGAUGUAAAUGAGUUUAGCCAAUUAGAAAACCUAUGCGGGAAUCGUGAAUGGUUCGGUCAAGGAAGUGUGAUAAUCAUUACAGCUAGAGAUGUUCGGCUGCUAAACCGACUCAAAGUAGAUUAUGUUUAUAAAAUGGAUGGUAUGAACGAAAAUGAUUCCUUUGAGCUUUUCAGUUGUCAUGCCUUCGGUGAAGCAAAACCAAGAAAAGACGUGAAGGAACUUGCAAGAAACAUAGUUGCUCAAUGUGGAGGAUUACCACUAGCUCUUCAGGUCCUUGGUUCCUUUUUAUGUGACAGAACAAUCGAAGAGUGGGAAAGUGUAUUGUCAAAACUAAAAAUAAUUCCUACGGGUGUAGUUCAAAAAAAAUUGAAAAUAAGUUUUGACGGUUUAAGUGACAUGGAACAGAAUAUAUUUCUUGAUGUAUGUUUUUUCUUUAUUGGUAGAGAGAGAGGCUAUGUUACAGAAAUGCUAAAUAACUGGGAAGAGCAUGCUGAUAUUGGAAUAACAGUUCUCAUAAAAUGUGGCCUCAUACAAGUUGACAGGAACAACAAACUUGAAAUGCAUCCUUUGUUACAGGACAUGGGAAGAGAAAUUAUCCGUCAGAGAUGGCCAAAAGAAUCGGCGAAAAGAAGUCUAUUAUGGUUUCAGGGUGACGUAAAAGAUGUAUUGACAAAGAACAUUGAGACAAGCUACCCAGGGGUUGUCUUAGAAACUGCAUUCAACCAGCAGAGCUCACUUCAAACCUCAUAUGCUUUUGAUGGAAAUGAAGAGCUAACUUAGAAACGUUUUGAAUAAUAUGGGACAGCUACAUGAUGAAGGUGGACAACAUGUCAAACAUUACAAUUGUAAAUAGAACUAAGCAAACCAAGGUGAAAAAUGUCUUAUGUAAUUAGCACAAGUGAAUAUCCUCUGUUACAAGACAGCUAUGAAAUAAAGAACCCAUAUUCCUUGUGUAAAGGUCAAUAAAGAACAAAUAAUGAGAACAACGUCCAAGAGUUAAUCAGAA